AUGGACGACACUGAUAUCAACGAGGCAUCUGGCAGUACUAAUUUAAACAAUGAUGAAGUCCUGAAUAAUCCCACAAGUUCAAUCCCUGCUGUGUUACGGUUUUGUGAUGUUGGAUACUUGGAUUUUGACAAACAGUCAAAACUUUCUGUUAUAAGUCAGAGGCUACGUACAGAAAUGAUAGCUCAAGGAUCAUUGGCGUUUCAAAAUCGAAAUGCCCAAUUUGCAACAUCAAGCGGGCGUUGCAUGACACAAGUGUGGUUCCAGCGUAAGUUAGCUAAUGGGGAAGAGGUAAGCAGGUCAUGGCUGCUUUAUUCACCCCUCAAGGAAGCUGCAUACUGCUUUUGUUGUUUGCUGUUCACAUCAUCAACACCAAACUCUCAAUCAUCGUUUGAGUCUGUUACAGGAUUUAAAAAUUGGAGACACACAGAAAGGGUUAGGGAUCACGAAAAUAGCCCCAGUCACCGUGCAGCUUUUACCACCUGGAAAGAAGCAGAACGAAGAAUAGUAUUAAGAAAAGGAAUAGAUGUUGAAGUAGAGGCACAAAUUCAGGUCGAAAAACAACGCUGGCGUGACGUUUUAAAAAGACUACUUUCUUGUAUUAAGUUCCUGGCAUCUCAAAAUUUAGCUCUGCGAGGUCACCAAGAAAACUUAUCCCCUGAACCUGGAACCAAUGUGGGAAACUUCCUUUCUCUUCUCACACUUGUGGCCCAAUAUGACCAGCUUUUAGCUAACCAUUUGCAACAUGCCCAACAAAAUCCAGGUGCUAUUUCUUAUCUGUCCCCUGAAAUUCAGAACGAAUUUUUAUCCAUAUUGGCUUCUACUGUGAGAAAUCAGCUGCUAAAGGAUAUAAGAAAAAACAAAUAUUUCGGAAUUUUGCUUGACACUACUCCUGAUCUAGCACACCGUGAACAGCUAUCUGAGGUUAUUAGAUACGUGGAUGUUGAUUUUGUAACUAAGAAAGUAACCAUCAAAGAAUCAUUUCUUGGAUUUGUACAGGUCAUUGCCAAAGAUGCUGCUAGUAUUGAAAAAGCCAUCGUAGAUAAACUAGAAUCUGAUGAUUUACCUCUGGCUGACUGCAGAUCCCAAUGCUACGAUAAUGCAUCUGUAAUGGCUGGUCAUAUUUCUGGCCUUCAACAACGGAUGCUCAAAAGAAAUUGUCACGCAUUAUUUGUCAAUUGUGAUAAUCAUAGUUUAAACUUGGCUGGAGUUUAUUCAGCAAAGCAAGACUUCCAAGUUGUUACAUUCUUCGAUACUAUAAGAACAAUUUAUAAUUUUUUUUCCUGUUCAACUAUUCGAUGGAACAGAUUAACUACAGCUCUACCUAUAACGGUAAAACGCGAAUCCGACACACGCUGGUGCGCAAGAGCUGAGUCGGUCAAAGCAGUUUACAAAGGGCUGGACGAACUAAUAUCACUUCUCGAAGAACUGUCGGAAGAUUCCAGCCAAACAAGCGAGACAAGAAGUGAGGCAAACACGUUGCUGGCAAAUGUUUUAAGUUUUAACUUUUUUGUCCUUCUUUUUUUCUGGAACAAAGUUUUGGGGAAAAUCGAUCGGGUUCAAAAACGUCUGCAGGAUCCGACUAUGAACUUUAGUGAAGCAGCGGCUGAUCUUGUAGCUUUGGAAACUGAGCUAAACAGAGGACGUGAAGAGUUGUGUCAGAAGGCUUUAGAAAGUGCAAAAACCAAAUGCGAGCACUGGGGAGUGGAAAUCAGCAGGAGGAUAAGGAGGCGAAAACUGAUGCCCGGUGAGGUAGGGCAAGAUGUUAGUCUGACGGCAGAAGAAGAGAUCGUGCGAGUAAUGAAAAGCGCCAUUGAUCGUUUUAGGGAAGAAGUUGCAGUACGGUUUACUCGCCUAAAAGAUCUAAAUGAAAAAUUUGGUUUUCUACUUGAUGUAAAUUGCCUUUUAAAAUCUGAUUUAACUAACAAAGAUUCCAUCAGCCAAAAAUGCAAAGUCCUCGGUGAAUUUUAUAAAACUGAUUUUAAUGGAAGUGAGUUGUGGGCAGAAAUAUGUGACUGCAGAAUGCUGCUUGGUUCUCGUUCGGAUGCCUUGCCAAAGAAUCCAUUUGAACUACUUUCCUUUAUAAUUUCUUAUGGCAACGAUGUUUUUCCUAAUUUACGUAUUGCACUUCAAAUCCUUCUUACGAUUUCUGUGUCUAUUGCAAGCUGUGAACGCUCCUUUAGCAAGUUAAAACUCAUUCUGUCUUAUUUGAGAUCAUCCAUGGGACAAGAUCGACUUAGUGAUCUGGCGAUAUUAAGUGUAGAAAAAGAGACACUGAACAGUAUUGAUUUUGAUGAUAUCAUUGAUAAGUUUGCAUCACUAAAGAGCAGAAAAAUAAAUCUGCUUUAA